AUGUGGUUUUGGGUCGCUAUCUAUCAAACCGAGACAACCAUGGAUAUCCUUUGUGAUCGUUUUAUAUACAACCUGACGGGACAGGGAUAUGAUUUGAGGUCGCUAUUCAUAGAACCGAAUGCGACAGGGAUGUGGUUUUUGGUCGCUAUCGAUCAAACCGAGCACACCAUGGAUGCCCUUUCUGACCGUUUUAUAUACAACCGGACGGGAGAGGGAUAUGCUUUGUGGGCGCUUUUUAUAGAACAGAAUGCGACGGCGAUGUGGUUUUUGGUCGCGAUCUAUCAAACCGAGCACAACAUGGACGUCCUUUGUUAUCGAUUUAUAUACAACCGGACGGGACAGGGAUAUGCUUUGUCGGCGCUUUUUAUAGAACCGAAUGCGACAGGGAUGUGGUUUUUGGUCGCUAUCUAUCAAACAGAGCAAACCAUGGAUGUCCUUUGUGAUCGUUUUAUAUACAACCUGACGGGACAGUGA